UGGCAGCAAAUUGAGACAGGUCAAUGAGAGCACAACAGUUGUUGCUGCGCUUAAAUCAAAAUGCAUACGUGGAUGACGACCACACCAUGGCAUCUUGCUCUGCGAACACGCUUCACCAAGUCGUGGAUUGGAUGUGCAACGACCAUGACAUCGACAUGAGCAAAAGAGAUGGAGGCGGUUCGUACGACACAUCAGCGUUCAAGAAGUUUGUGAGAUCUCAGGCAAGAGAAAGUCAAAUGUUGAAGACAGGGGGUGGUGACGAAUUAAAGCCGAAUGCAGCGGAGAUAUUGGCACUGAGCAAGAUGAACGAGGUCCCUCAAAGAGAUCCUAUUGACUACCAUGAACUGGCAACAAUAGUGGUGGACGGUGUCGAGUAUGUGCUACUAGACCAGAUUGUUGACUUUAUGAAGAGUGGAGGCGAGGACAAAAAUCUCAUUCAUGAGGCGUUGCACGAGGUGACGGAGGAGACAAUAGCAGCAGCACAGGUUGUCGAUGUUGAGUGCGUAAAGGAUCGCACACUCGACCUUGUAUCGGGGACUCCUGUGUCCCGGUGGAACAUAUUCGAAGUUGUAGAGGAGCUGACCGUGGCAUCGACGGAUGUGGACAGGAGGAGGAAGAGAAAGUGCGGAUGGCAAAUGCUUGUUGCAGAACACGACACCGCAAGGACACACACAACAGACACGACAGUGCAGGACACAGGUGGCACAGUAUCUCUGGCGGAUGUCAGGACCGUGUUGAAGAAUCCUGCUGCGAAUUCAGCGACUGUGCAUGGCGGAUUCAGAGAGUGGACAUUGCCACCCAGACAUCCUUCACGUGACUUUAAUGAAGGACUCGAACAAGCAUCGCAACAGGAAGAUGAUGUGGAGGUUCCUUGUGAUGAGAAGGGCGAUGCACAGACAGGACCGCAACAAGAAAACCCGACAUCAUCGGAGUCGGGAAAGAGCGUCAGUGAAAACAAAGGCGACGAGGUGGGCGAGGAGUACGAUCCUUAUUGGGACGUAAAGCGAGGUGGUGGUCAGGGGUCAAAAGGGUGGUGUCAUGCAAUUUUGAGGUUGGCGCGUGUUUUCUCGAAACCGCAUCCGUUGAUACAUGUUGUGGACAAGGUGGCAACACCGGACGGGCGUAGAAUAUCACACAUUACGAGGAACAGUACUGAACGCUCAGCGCUGGCAGCAGACAUGACCAGGAGGAGAGGGAAACGAUCAAGAACAACACGAAUGUGGACAACCGAAGAGAAAACAAAUGUCGGAGAUGACAGCGUGGCAGAGGUCACGAUCGAUAGCAAUCAAGAGAAAACAAUAUCGACGAAGCAAGAGAACUCAGAACGAAGCAAAGUGCAAACGCAAAAGGUCGACAAGGGAGCGUCACACACCGAGAAGAGGCCACAAGCCACAACAAGAGAAGGCGAAGAAGCAACAGAGAGGACGGUGGCGAAGUGCACAAUAGUGACAAUGGAGGCUAUGUUGGAGAGAUGGGAGCACCUGUCACAAAAGGACUCGUGGUACAACAGAAUGUACUUGGCAGCGACAAGGGGAACAAUUCGGUCAGCGGAUCUCGGACAUGCAGAGUCAAGCGGGAAGACGACACAGACAAAGAAGGGUGAGAAUGCAUCAAGCUCGUCGGACAAGUUCGAGGUUGUUGACGAGACGAACAAAUUUUAAUAAAAGUAAAGAUUAACUGGCACAACUCUACGCACACGAGUAUGUGUCCAACCUAUGAAGUAUAGAACGUAUAUGACGACCUUCGAUAGGAUAGACAAAUGAAUUGUAGCAAACCAA